CAAACACAAGCAAAGGGAUUAGUUGUGGACGAUACACGAUAGAGAAGAUAGAUUCGCUCGAGAGCUUCGCCUGAGACAUUUAUGGCGGCAGCUUCUUCUAGGGCUUUCUUGCUCUCUCGAUUCGCCGACAUCUCACUUUUUCACCACCAACCACCGCCCUACUCCCACCACCUCCUCAUCCGUCCCUUGCCGCCUUCCUUCUCCGCCAUCACCGCCUCCAAGAAACGUCCAGGUCCUGUUGCUAUCGUCAGCUGUCUUAUAUCCGGAGUAGAUGGCGGUGGCGUCUCCGAUGAGUUUGUGUCCACACGCAGGUCCGUCUCGUUCGAUCGUGAAUUCUCCGUCAUCGCCAACAUGUUGAAGAAGAUCGAGCCGUUGGAUACUUCCGUGAUCUCUAAAGGCGUUUCCGAUUCCGCUAAGGAUUCCAUGAAGCAGACCAUAUCUACGAUGCUAGGGUUGCUUCCAUCGGAUCAGUUCUCCGUUAUGGUUAGAGUUUCGAAACGUCCUCUUGAUCUCUUAUUAUCCUCUUCGUUAAUCACAGGGUAUACCUUGUGGAAUGCUGAAUACCGGAUUAUGCUGAUGAGAAACUUUGAAAUUUCUCCUUCUAAUGAUUCGAAAAAGCAAAAUUGUGGCGAGGAUAAUGAGGUUUCAGAUGAGAAAGUCGAUAAAAGUGAAUGUUUAUGUGAUAGUGUCGUGAUGGAAUGUUGCACUGAGGAAUCCGAGAGGUUAAAUCUACAAAGUUGUUUGGGUGAUUUGACUCCUGAAGCCAUGAAUUACAUCCAACAGUUGGAAUCAGAGCUAUCUACAGCCAAAAAGGAACUGCAUGGUAGGAAGCAGGAGAAUAUGCAAAUUGAAAACACAAGAGAAAGUGACAAUGAUCUAUUGAAGUACUUGCGAUCAUUGGAUCCUGACAUGGUGAAUGAACUAUCAAGACCAUCAUCUUCAGAGGUUGAAGAGGUUAUACAAGAACUUGUACAGUGUACAUCAAGAAAGUUCUUCAAGGAAGAAACAACAGAAAAUUUGGACAUAGGAAGCCAAGAAAAUUACCCAAAUGAUAAUGAUAACUUCUGUGACACCAUUGGGACUUCACGAGAUUACUUAGCAAAGUUGCUUUUCUGGUGUAUGCUAAUGGGGCAUCAUUUGAGAGGGUUGGAGAACAGAUUACAUCUGAGUUGUGCAGUGGGGUUGUUGUGACUUGUGAUAAAGAUAAAACAAGCAUUUUUUAGGCAAAGGUCUACUAGAAGCACAAUUUCUUCUUUGAUGUCUUAUAUACCGCUUAUUCUCUUAUCAGUUCAAAUACGUGCACAAUUCGAGUAAAAUGAGAGAAUUAGGUUCAAUGCCUGUUAUUAUCAAAACAUGAGAGAGAAGGAUAAGUUGAAAUACUUGCACCAACAACAUUAUUUGUCAUGCUAUAUUAGAUUAGAUAAUUACAUUUGUAAUUUUAGAUAUUCACUAAAAUGUUCAUAUUUGAUACCCACGUGACCUUUUAUUUAUCAUUUCCAAUAAGUGGGGCUCGUUGUCUCAUUUAGCAUUCGUGAUAUUCAUUUAAUUGGCGACCAAGUUUUAUGUCUAAUAUGUAAGAGAUUAACACGUCUUAUACCUUCGAGUGCCCAAUCAACGUUUAUAUUAUUUUAUUUUUUUUUGUAAAAACUACUUCAAAGUUAAAGCUUGUAGGAUCUGAAUAUUAGUCCAGUGGUGGUUGAUGUUAGUUACUCAUGUUUUAAGUAACUCAUUCCAAUCUUACAACUAUGAUCUUGCAAAAUGAAAACAGUCUUGAUCUUAACAGCAUAACUUCACAAAUACAUUUUCCAAAAUAAAAACUACCCAAAAAUACAAUCUUAUUCUAUCAUUAUAUACCCACAAAUGAAUCAUACAAAAGAAGAAACGAACAAAAAAAAGACUAGUAAAAUAUGUCAACUUAGUAACUUACACCCUAUUAAUAAUUGUGUCACCAACAGUUAAAAAAAAAGACAAAAAGUAGUAGUAGUAGUAGUAGUAGUAAGCUAAGCUCUGUACAAAUCUAAGAUAGCCCAACCUAACAGAAAGCAGAGCUUCAAAGACUCACGGCGUCAACUAACCACAAACAACCAACCUUAAAAAAAAAAACAAACAAUCCUUCUAUUGCGAUUCUUCUUCUAAUGUUACAAACAACGUUAAACUUUCACAACAUUCGAUUAAAU